UGCUUGGUCAUUGCCAUCUUUCAUGUUUAAACGGAUAUAUUUUUUUAACAGGGGUCUUUUUGUUUCGCCACUUUUUUGGUUACGACAACCUUAAAAUCACAUAAUAUUCCUUUUUAACAACAGGGUCUAAACUUGAACUCUUGAAAAAUGGCUGAAAUGGAUGAUCAUCACUUUGAGACCGGCGAUUCUGGUGCUUCUCAAACCUAUCCUAUGCAAUGUUCCGCAUUGCGUAAAAACGGUUUUGUUAUGCUCAAGGGUAGACCCUGCAAAAUUGUUGAAAUGUCUACUUCAAAGACAGGCAAACACGGUCACGCUAAAGUCCAUAUGGUCGGAAUUGAUAUCUUCUCAAAUAAGAAAUACGAGGAUAUCUGUCCAUCUACUCACAACAUGGACGUACCCCAUGUUAAGAGAGAAGAUUACCAGUUGACCGAUAUUAGCGAUGACGGAUACUUGACUUUGAUGGCUGACAAUGGCGAAAUCAGAGAAGACCUCAAAUUGCCUGAUGGUGACUUGGGCAACUCCUUGAGAGCCGAUUUCGAUAACGGCAAGGAUCUUUUGUGUACUGUCCUCAAGUCUUGCGGCGAAGAAUGCGUUAUUGCUAUUAAGACUAAUACCGCUCUUGACAAGUAGAGAGUGUAUUUCUGUGUAGUGAGUUCUUUUUAUUUUUGUUUUUAAGAAAAUACGUACCAACAGCUACAACAAGGAGAAAUAAAACUUUUUUGAUAAAAAAAAUAAGAAUGAAAAAGGACUUGUAUAAUUCUAGUUGCUGCAAAUUUAGUUUGCAUUUAAAAUGAGAAACCUAAUUUGUAUGAAGUAUGUUUUUCUUUCUUAAUAAUGGUUUUUAUAAUAUGAUUAUUAUUUAGUUAUUAUUUUCUGUCGUUUUAGUUUUUUUUUUCCUGAAACAACAUUGUUCGCUAUUUUUUUUAUUCUCAAGAAAAGAAAAACAAAUGUAUGUCGAACUAUCUUGAAAGCAUACUUCAAUUUUAAAAAUCCCAUAAAUUUAAAUGCAAAACAAAAGCAACCAUCAAUUAGAAGAAUAAACUGCUGAAGGGCCAUUGAAAGAAAAAAAAUGAUCUUGUGUUUCAAAACACAACAGAUAAUAAAACAAAAUUUUGCCAAUAAAAUUUUAUACUUUAAUAAAAAAAAAUAUAUAAAUUUUUAAA